UGCUGCCCGCGGUGAUGGAUGAACGAUGAACGCAGCAAGAUUGAGCCAGCAAGCAAAGUUCGCGUAUGUAGUGCAAAUGUCGGUGCGCAUUUUUCGCUCGCACAAGUACUUUUCCAUCGGUGGAAAGCGGUUGAAAAUAGUUGAAAACUGAUCCCGGAGUGCAUGGUUGUGGAUUUCCCGUAAAGGAUUCCCAGUUCGGUCGCGAUUCGAGUGAGAAAAUUGCGUUUGUUUGAAGGGGCAUUUUUCGCAGGAAGGAUCAUCUUUUUCCCUGUGUGCUGCCGUCGCGCUGUUCAUUUGUGUGUGCGAGAAUGAACUCGCGUGGAAGAACAAAGAAGAACGAGACGGAAAAUUGUACAAGGCGGAAAGAAGGUUGGCGUCUCUGUGUGUAGGUGCGCCAGUGUUGUGUUCGGUUGACCGUUUGUGAAUGGGAUAGUCGGAAAUUACGCGGACGAUCGACGAUUUUUACGGUGAGUGUGUGUGUGAGAUUGAGUAAUUUCGAAGGUGUUCUUUUUUCUUUAACGGAGUCGCGAUUGUCUUUUUUUUUUUGUUAAUUUCGACUCUUCAAAAUUUGUGACGGUGUUUUUGUUUUGCUCCCUGGCGGUGUUAGUAUGGAAGGUUUUCAGUGCAAAGAAUACCAUUAUAUUGCGAUUGUGAAACAUGUGAACGGUUUUUGAUACAGAAAAAGCAAGCGAGAUAAAUUUGCAUAUUAAUUGGAAAGGAGUUUUCGGCUAGCUGCUGCAUCAGUAUUCCUGCUGGAACCAAGCGAUGCGCCGUGGAGAAUUAUAUUAGUAUUGAGCCACUUGUCCGGAAAUGGAGUGCGACGUGUCGCCACCGGAUAGUAGCAGCGGUGGUGGUCAUCACGGAAACAGUACCGCCCAGCAAAGACGCCAGUCUAAACCAGUUCAGCAUAAUAGUACUAGCAUCAGCAGCAGUAGUAGCACCAGUGGCAGUAGCAGUAAUCUAAACAUUAGCGGUAAUAGUGGUAGGAAUCUCUUAAACAUUAGCACCAGCAGCAGCUUCCGGUCCGAUUCGCCGGCGACAGCUACAACUAUGGCCGCAACCUCUUCGUCAUCCCACCACCAUCACCACCACCACAACCACAAUCACCACCACCACCAUAACCAUCAUGCACAUUCGCAUCAGCAUCAUUAUCAGCAGCAGACGCAGCAUCAUGUCCACCAUGAGGAGAUCACUGUCGCGUUCCCGGAGGUGGUGUCCUGUACGCCUGAAUCGAGCUUCAACCUAUCGGAUGACUACGAUUCCAAUCCACUGAAAGAAGUGGAUCCACUAAACGUGUCCGGUAGCUCGAUGGAACUGCUGUCAUCUCCGAUGACAAGUCAUGACAAGACUCCCAAACACAAUCACCACCUGCGGCGAAAUGUUCCUAGAAUAGUAGUAAAACAAAUUCCCAAAACACAGCAGCAAGCGCAGAGCUCACGUGGCGACAAACGAUCCACUGGUCCAGUUUCGACGAUGCGGGAGGUGCUGGCCUCCAUCCCGGGAUUCAGUGUAAAGCCUCGGCGGAGGUCCAACAAGAAAAUGUCAACGGCGGCGCAAAUUGAACAAACCAAGGAGGGCUGCAUCGAUCUCGAGACACCGGAUUCUAUUCUGGUCAACACAAAUCUGCGAUCCUUGCUGAACAAGCAAACGUUCCAGAUGCUGCCGCCCCUGUUUCAGUACAAACUGGUCCAGCUUCUACCAUCCGUGGAUCGUCCCUCGGUGCCUGAUUCGUUGGACUGCGAACGUAACGGGAUCUGGCUGAAUCCGUCCAGUUUGAACAAUGAAUUCUUUGCCAGAGCUUGCCUAGAGUGGCGCGAUCGGUUAGCGGAAGGCGAAUUCACCCCCGAGAAUCAGCUGAAGCUUAAAACGGAAGCGGAAAAGGAGAAGAGCAAACUGGACCCCUGGAAGCUUAAACACUUUGAACCGAUGUGGGGUGACAAAAGACUGGCGUCCGCCAGUGUAGGAGCGGCGGGGACGCUUCCGAAUCCGUCACCACCGACGACCCCUACUAAGGAGAAAGUGCUUACUCCCGAGCCGCCAAAGACAAGCACCCCAACAACAUCGAGACCUGCCCUUAAAACCACCAUCAAGUUGCGACCGACAACGACGAUAGCAACGAGCACAACUGCAUCAGCCGACUCAGCGAUAGCUAGCUGUAGCAGCAACAGCAGCAGCAGUAAUAGUAGCAGUUGCAGUAGUGGUACUAGCAUAGUGAUCACUACAAGUCCUUCCGCCAGCGCAUCCAACACUCGUCCAAGUGUAGCUCAAAGUUCGCUCUCUCCAACUUCGGCAACUUCUUCGCCGAAGCGAGUCCGAACGAUUGGAGCUGUGACACGCCUGGCUGCGGCCACUCAACAACAGACGGUUUACCAUCAGGAUCAACCCAGUACUUCUGCGGUGGUAUGUGUUUCGCCUAGUCGGUUGAUCCGCCGAGAAGAUUCACCGAAACCUUCCACAUCAUCUGCGCCGCUAUUACUCGCUGUUACGGAGGACGUCGUAGAUUCCUCCAGCCCUCUCAGUAUCAUUAGUGGUAGUCUGAAGCGAGUACACAAUCGAUCACUAACGCCAGAACUAAGCAAUAGUAAGAUAUCGAAAUCCUCGGACUCGAACGACAGUAGCUUAUCCCAGGAACGUGGGUGUCAACCGCCAGAGGAUUCGAAACAAUGUGAUAUUACCGCCAGUGGUCUACCGGAACCGAAUGCACUGGACGAGGUGGAUGUUUGCCUGGAGGCUGUUAUCGAGGAUAUACCCGAUGAUGAUCCGGACGUUACAGAAGUAAUCAUGGAGCAUACGUACACGCCCUCUCCGGAGCCUAGCGGGGAAAAUGUCGAACUGAAAUACGUCGAUGAGUACGAAAGUUCCAACUCCAACUCGAAUCUCAACGACCGAUCGCAUCUGCCACCAAUUGUUUCCCAACAUCGGCAGCAGCAAACCGUGUACGAUCAGCAUUCCGGACAGGUAUUUAAUAUUGUGUGUGUUGCUUCUCCGACGCCAUCAAAUCAUAUGCUCGGAAGUACGAAUCUCUUAUCGACUGAUACUCCAUCUGCGAGCAGUAGUAAUAGCAUAGGAGCAGCAGCAGUUGCUGAAGCUGACUCUGAAAUACAUCUGCGUCAGCAACAGUUUUGUCACGACAGCAAUAGUAGCAGCACUUCGACAACGGCGUUGAUGUCCUCCAGCGAUCAGGUGCCGCCGAAUGCGCUGAGUAGUUUCGAGAAUGUGUUGCAAAAUAAUGAAGAGCUGGUUAUAAUGCAACGGGACCCGGAUCCAGAUCCGUCGAAUGGUACUCUGCAGAGUGGCGAUAGUAAUGGCAGUUCAGAGGCCAGUAGCAGUCAGCGCACGGUCAGUGCGGAGGUCAAUAUGAACCUGACUGCGUACCAUCAUGAUCAUGAGCUGUUGCAUCAGAGUGUCAGCAGUGGAAUGAUGCUGGGGGGUGGUGGGGAUGAUCGGGGUGAUGGUGAGGAUGAGGAUGAAGUUGAUGAUGAGGAGGACGACGACGACGACGAGGAGAACUGUGAUAACAAUAAUGAUUCCAACAACGAGGACGUCGACGACGAGGACGAUGGUCAGUUGAUGGCCGGUUCGGUGAUAGCGGGUCUGGACGGCACCGGUGAACUGCAGGAGGAGGAACUGCAUGGACUGCAAUUGAUUACGGCGGUGCAGCAGCAAUCGCUGGGUUCGUCGGAUUCCGGCGAUGAAGAAGACCAAAUGGAUGAGAAGUUUAUCGAUGCGGAGAACUACGUACUGGAGAGCGGCGAGAUUAGCGCGGAAAUCGAUGCAAUCGACAUUCUCACCGAUACCGCCGAGGAGGUGGGAGUGGAUCUCGGCAUUGCGGGCCUAGCCGAAUCCGGGCCCAGCACUCACGAGGACAAUCUAAUCAUUUUGCACGAACUGCUGGACAUUAAGGAGGAUGAGGACGAGGAAGAGAAUGACAAUGACAACGACGACGACGAUGAGAAUAAUAAUAACGAAGACGAAGGGCAAGUCGAGGAUGAUGAUAACGAAGAUGACGAGGAGGAUGAUGAUCAGGAUGAUGAACCGGACCAGGAAAUGGGUAGCGAGGUGGAACAGCAAGCGAUGGCCGAUGUGCGGCAUGCGACCGUUGAAGAAUCGCUCUGCUUGAACGAUCUGGACGGGUUCGACGGGAUCAAUGCAAUCAAGAUGGAGACUGAUAACAUAUUCGGUAGUGGCGAUUGGCCCUUUAAGGUAAAGCUGGACCCGAAGAUGAUGCUGGUGGAUCAGUUGGACCCGAGCAGUAUUAUUCUGACUCCAUCGACGACGGCCAGUGGGCACCAGAUAGCCGUUAGCAGCAGUAGUGUACAACAUCAGCUGCAGUUUCAACAGCCGCAACAUCAGCAGCACCAACAGCAACAAAUUCAUUCCAUUCAAGCUGCCCAGCAGCAACAAUUAUUAAACCAGCAGGUGCUUAUACAACAGGCUCAACAGCAACAACAGCAGCAACAACAAUUGAAUGUGUUGCAAUUGCAGCAGUUCCAGCAACAUCAGCACCAGCAGCAGCAGCAAGUGUUAGUUCCGCAGGCAAUGACGACCGUAUCUGGCAAUAUUCUUUCAUCAGAGGUUAAAGAUGUCCGUGCGGUGAUAAAAACCGAACCGGGCAUAUCCGGGGUAACCUUCCAGGGCCGUCCAGCUACCGGUCAGCUAAUCACGAGGAUAAAGAUUGAAAGUGGUGAGGACGGUCAAAAGUUGCACGUAGUGUCGUCAGCGGGAGGUGAUAACAUGACGAGGGUUAUCGAAAGCGUUGCCGGUAACUACAGCAGCGUGACAACUCAAGCUCAGCAGCUUUUGCACCAACAGCAGCAGCAGCAGCAGCACCAACAACAGCAGCAGUUGUUUCAGCAGGUUCAGCAAAACCAACACGUAAAGUUGGAGAUGGAUAAUGGCCAUCAGCAAAUUGUCCAGCAAGGGGGACAACCGAAGUAUAUCAUUACUUCGCGACAGAUUGGAAAUAAAAUUCCAAUUACGGUGACUAGUGGCCCUCCGGGACAAAUACUUCAGCAGCAAUCAAUCGGUACGGGAGGAACUGUAACUUCGAACCAACAGAAGCCGAUCCAGCUGCAAAAGAUCAUCAUGUCCACGUCGAGUUUACAGCAGCAACAACAACGAGCUCGACUACCUCUGCAAAGGACUCAAUUGGUCCAGCCGCAAACUCAAUCCCAGCAGCGAUUCCAGCAAAAGUUUGUAACCAAUCAAUUGAUUCGCGGCCAGAACGCUGCCAUUAUUAACACGGUUCAGUUGCAACAGCAACAACAGCAGCAGCAACAACAACAACAACAGCAACAGCAGCAACAACAACAGCAACAAGCUCAAGCACUAGCCAAUCAGCAAGCCCAGCAAGCGGCUGCCACCGUCGGAGCAAAUGUUGUUAUAGGGCCAACCCCGAGAAAACGGUUGGAAAUCAGUGGGGGUGGAGGAACCGUCGUUGUUGGUCCUGGAGGGGUGGUGAGCAGCGGACGACGAGGUGGCCGAACUAGUAGUUCUCGUUUACCACCCGGUGCCGUAAAUCUUGAGCGUAGCUACCAGAUCUGCCAGGCUGUCAUACAAAACAGUCCCAAUCGACAUCAGUUGCGGGCUCAACUGAAGCCUCCACAGGCGUUCCUGACCAGUUCCAAUUCGAACUCGAGCAAUAGUAGCAAUAGUAAUAGCAGCAACAGUAGCAGCAGCAGUAGCGCUGGUGCUGCGAAAGACGAACCGACGAGUUUUGGGGGGACCGUCAUAGGGAAUAAGGUUGGACCACGGUUAGUGAACCCGAAGAGAAUUACGACCGUUGGUCGGCAACCCUCAUCCAUCCUAGUUCGGCACGUGUACACAACAGCAGGGCAAUCGAAUCCCGGUACAAUUAGUAUUAUCUCAACAUCCCAACAACAACAGCAGCAGCAGCAGCAAUCACAGCAGACUCAACAAUCCCAGCAGCGAAUAAUAACUGCGGCGGAAGCUGCAGAGCUUCAGCACGCUCAGAUCAUCAGCAUGUCCGGUCCAGGUGGCAUGGGAAAUCUAUCCGUUUCUGGUACUGCUGGUUCCGGUAAUGGAAGCUUCGGCGGCAAAUACGUACUUGUGCAACGGGCUCACAUCGGUGAUAUUGUAACGCCGCGGGCGGCCAGUGCACCACCGACUCAGAAUCAGCAGGUUAAUUCAGUAACUGGUGUUCCAAUAACGCUAGCGGGUCGUGGACGGCCAGCUUCGGUAGAUAUUGAUACACCUGUCUCCCUUCCUGAUUCUCAACAGCAACAGCAGCAGACGCAGCAACAACAGGUGCAAAUCAUUCAUCAUCCAUCGCAGCAGCAACAACAGCAAAUCGUUGGACCCAAUCCCGGCAUCCAAGCGGUGACCCGAAGAGGUCCCACCACGCAUGUAAUCUCCUACGGUGACAUCGGCACCGAUGCAGCCAACAGUCAGCACAUCAGCCAAGCGGCCGCUACUUCAUCCGUGUUGGACACCACCACCUCCCCCAUUCACUCCAUUGUAACGUCUACUAAUGGUCCUGCGAUGGCCGCUACAUCGCCUGUUGCUGGUUACAGCAUUACAUCGACUUCGGCACCGUCACCCCUUCCGCCUGGCAGCAGUAGUAAUGGUAAUAGUAACAGUAGCAUCAUCAUUAGCAGCAGUAGCAGCAGCAGCAACAGUAACAACAAUAACAAUAAUAACAGCACUAUCGGUAUUAUCAAUAAUAACAAUAGCACUAGUAGCAACAGCAGUAGCAAUAGUAGCAGUAGUAGCAACAAUGGAAAUGGCCAUCAUCCCCACCAGCAGCAUGGAGCAGCAUCCUCUUGCUCGUGCUCUCUGAACGCAAUGGUCAUCUGUCAGCAGUGUGGGGCCUUCUGCCACGACGACUGCAUCGGUGCUUCAAAGCUGUGCGUGUCCUGUGUCAUACGAUAAGAGAAUGUUAGGAGCACCAAUCUCCUAUUGUUAUUCAAUCUUAACAUCUACUAUCAUAGGCUUGAAAUGAUAAGGAUGAAUGAAUAAAAAAACGUUAAGUCUGCCA